GGCGGACCAGGAAAGUUAUUUAGCUCCAGUUUGCCGGCGGAUCUGAACCAGCGGCAGCCAAUGGCGUCCAACGGCGGUCCCUACAGUGGCUUCUACGAACAGCCGUACGAGCUGAGGACCCCGCUGUUUAGACGGCUCUCCAACAUGGGCGUCCAGCCGAAGGACCUCAUCGCAACUCUACCUCGGAUGCACGAGAAAGCGACGUUCGGCAACUCUCCCCCAACCUCCCCUCCUCUCCCUGACCCCUCUCCUGCACCGACGCUGCCCGGCGCACAGCGGAUUCCGCAGCGAGACCGAAGCGGUACGGACGGCGCUCUUCUCGCUAGCAACAGCCCUCAACCCGAAUCGAGCGUCAGAGGUUCCCCAAGCCCUGAAGGACGCAAACUCUUCAAAAAGAAGAAGCGGGGAGGUUCUACAACCUCAAACGUCCAACAGCUCCCGAGGUCACGUGCAGAGACCGAUACCCUGAGAAGGGAUCACUACGUUUCGUUCGACAAUGCCGCAAAGUGUGCGGAAAAGAACUGCCGUCGCCGAUUUCGAUUCAGAGACCGUAAGCGAAACUGUGGAAUGUGCGGCGAAGUCUUCUGCCGGAAGUGCUCGAAAUUUCUGCGAAAGCUGUCCCCCAAUGCUGACCCGGACCCUCUCGGAACCUUCCGGAACGUCUGCGAGAAAUGCUUCAACUUGACGCUUCGCUCCGGGCGCUACCGAGACCUGAAACACGAUUUCAUCGCACUCAGAGAAGAGGCAAAACGCGCCGUGAAACAGAAAUUGGUCGUCGAAGCUACGCCACUGUCGGCCCAACCGAGGUCCACGUUGAAAUCGGAGCGAAUCCGCGGCGAGAUUGAUCGCCUCGUGAAAGGCUACGAGGGUCAGAACGCUUUGAAAGCCGUGAUCGGGACACCAAACUGGCAAAAGAGCAAAGAUUGGGUUCCCGACUCGAAAGCCAGCGAGUGUUUCGCACCCGAGUGCGGGAAAAGGUUCCGUUUGGGGCUGCUGCGAAAAAUCAACUGUCGAGUCUGCGGCCAGGUGUUCUGUCGAGAGUGCACGAAACAAGAAAUAAUCCUCUUCUGCAUGUUCAAAGAGUCGCCGGCUAGUUGGGCAAUCAACGGGAAAGAAGGCACCCCGACAUCCCGACCGAAUCGAUUCGAGACCUACCCCGUGUGCAACGGUUGUUGCACGGAGCUGGAAGAAGUUCUUUUGUCGCAAAUCGACGGUCCUAUUUCACCCGCAGACGCGAGCACACUCGAGCAGUCGCUACAGGCAAGCUGCAUGGAUGAAAUCGCAUCUCUCCAAGCGGAACUGGCGAAUUUACAGAGAAACAUUGAGCAGACGCUACCGAUCUACCAGCAGCUGACAGACACUCUCAACAUCGAAGAUUCGAGCCCAAAACGUGUGGAAGGCGAUCACCCGCUAAGAGAUCUCGCAAAAGCCCAGGCAGAUUUGUCAGAUACCUUCACUCACAUGGCUAAUCGUAGCCAAGCGUUGAAAAAUCUUUCUCCGCCCACCGAUACGCAGGAGCGGCUUCUGAGACAUAUCAUGAUGAGCACGUUUAACUUCUACCAAGAGUACAUGUUUCUGUUCAAGUCGGUGCAGAUGAAACUCAAAGAGAUGAUCCCGAUCGAGAGUCUGGCCAUGAUCCAAGAUUUCCUCGAUCAGCAAAGCAUGGAGCGGGUCCACAUAGCUCUUCGUCAGCUUUCGUUCGAAGUUCUAAACAUCGAGAAGGUGUUCCGGAUUCAGGUGGACUUUGCUCAGAGUCUUGUCGAAGCAGACAUGGCCAUCGAAAAGGAACUCUGCCCGGUUCUGGAGAAACGCGGGGAGAGCUGGGAAAAGCAUUUGAAGUGUCUCGCAGAAUUCGUCCAGGACGGGUUCAAGAAUCGACCGUUUGUAAAACUCGGUCGCGAACGGCCUCGAAACGGCUCGAAUUACAAGCUCUACGUGCAAUAUUUGGCAUUGGAUCGAACGAAGUACGUCCUGUCGAGGUGCGUUCGGGAACUCGACGCAAAGACAAGAGAAGAAGCGUUUUUGGAGACGAAAUCGUCCCUCGCACGAGGAGGUAAACAGGUCUCCAUAGAACUCAAGACAAUCACUGACAGACUGUCACCCGAGAAAAAAUAAUCAGGUUGCCCGAUAAAAAUUUGUGAGACAACAAAAAUUUGGUGGUUUGUGAGACAAUCCUACAUACAUAAAAAAAAUAUUUUUCUUUCAUUUCUGUAGUGUGAAUAAAAUCAGAAUUUUAACCUUCGUGUAAGUUUAGUAACGGGUUAUAAAUAAAACAAGGAAUGCGAACAAGUUGACCCUUUAUCAACGAGUUUACAUGCACUUUGUGUUCUUCAAAUGUUGCAGCACAUAGUUCGUAACAUUAAUCAUAGUCUUUGUAUUACAUAAUAUGGUACAAUGGAGUGAAGGGGUUAAAACUGUCCUAUUGUGAAGACAGGAUGACAUCAUACACAAACCAGAAUAUACAUUGACUAUUGUGUGCAACUAUAGUACUAGGCUUAUGUAUAUAGAGUUUCACUUUCCGAUGAAAUACAACUGCUGCUGUGUGCAACAACUAUAGAGUACUGCUGUAUAAUGCUUCGUUGUGUACGUAUGCAAUGGUAAUGUGUGAUAGUGUGUGAUGGCGUAAGUAAGAGCUAAGACGUGGGGCUGGAGAAAGAGAGAGGGAACAGUUGU